GCGCUGAAUGGUAUCUCACGAGAGACGCAGAGAGAAACAGCCUCCAACUCUAGGACAACUAGGAGGAUACGGGUGUCGGCUAUUCCGUAAGAAAUAUCCAAAAUAGCGACAAACAGAAAAAGCAAUGUAAAUAAAGCAACAACAUAAGAAACAAGUGUGGAGAAAAGCAAACAAACACUCUCUUACAGCCUUGCCGAUAAUUCGUGAGGUAACGAAACUCGUGACAAGGUUCGAUGAUAAUAAAGAAACCAUCUUAAUCUUAAACAUUUGUUACGUAAGGAAUUGCAACGAUAAUAAAAACAAUAAAAAUAAAAAAAAACUCCUCCCUUUAUUGCUACUGAGUGAAGACGCGUGCGCGCAGGUGCCUGUAUUACCAUCGCGCGCGUCCUCGCGGGUAAGGCUUGUGAGGGCUUCGUGACGUCAGGGUCAUCGCGAGAUUCGGCAAUAGGCUCUUGUUAGGACAGCUUAGUAUCCGCGCCGAGCAAGAGGAGGCCGGAAAAGAAAUGAUGAUGAUGGAGCCUCCGCUACCGCCAGCACAAGAACAACCACAGCGGUCUAUUGCAAAUGAUGAGAAAAUUGAUGAAGUAAAAAAGAGCCAAGUCCCUGUCAGUAAUGGGAGUCACGAGCCAGCAAGCGAAGUACCGACUGAGCUAAGCAAGUCGGCUAGAGGCCUGGUGAGAAUGUGUGACCUGCUGCUGAAAAAGAAGCAACAGCGACAGAGGAGGCAACAAGGACCUGGGACCUCACCAGCAUCACCUACAGGGACAGGACCUGCAAGUAGGAACCGAAGGCAAAAGAGAAGUCGGAGUAAUCGCACUGCCAGUAGUAGUGACACAGACAAGAGUAGCGAGAGCGGGAGUAGCCAGGAGGAUGAGGAAGAAGUGUCCGAGGUAGAAUCAUUUAUUCUGGACCAAGAUGAUUUGGAAAACCCAAUGCUGGAGACUGCUUCCAAACUACUACUUUCAGGAACAGCUGAUGGUGCUGAUUUAAGAUCAGUAGAUCCAGAAACACAAGCUAGGCUUGAGGCUCUUCUAGAAGCUGCAGGAAUUGGUAAAUUAUCGACUGCUGAUGGUAAAGCAUUCGCAGAUCCUGAAGUACUCCGCAGAUUGACGUCUUCUGUCAGCUGUGCGUUGGAUGAAGCUGCUGCUGCACUUACUAGAAUGAGAGCUGAGAGCACCUCAAAUGCAGGGCAGACGGACAACCGCAGUUUGGCUGAAGCUUGUUCUGAAGGAGAUGUUAAUGCUGUGCGGAAGUUGCUAAUUGAGGGCCGGAGUGUUAAUGAACACACAGAAGAAGGAGAGUCCCUUUUGUGCCUUGCUUGUUCAGCUGGAUAUUAUGAACUUGCCCAGGUUCUUCUGGCUAUGCAUGCUAAUGUUGAAGACAGAGGAAUAAAAGGAGAUAUUACGCCUUUGAUGGCUGCUGCUAAUGGAGGACACGUUGAAAUUGUAAAACUGCUGCUAGCCCAUGAUGCUGAUGUGAACUCCCAAUCAUCUACAGGAAAUACAGCACUUACAUAUGCUUGUGCUGGUGGCUAUGUGGAUGUUGUAAAGGUGCUGCUGGAAUCAGGUGCUAGUAUAGAGGACCACAAUGAAAAUGGCCACACUCCUCUUAUGGAGGCUGGAAGUGCUGGGCAUGUAGAGGUGGCCAGAGUCCUUCUGGAGAAUGGAGCAGGAAUCAAUACGCAUUCCAAUGAAUUUAAGGAGAGUGCACUAACUCUGGCUUGUUAUAAAGGGCAUUUGGAGAUGGUGAGAUUCCUCUUAGAGGCAGGAGCUGACCAAGAGCAUAAGACAGAUGAAAUGCAUACUGCCUUAAUGGAAGCUUGUAUGGAUGGUCAUGUUGAGGUUGCCCGGUUACUUCUUGACAGUGGAGCCCAGGUAAACAUGCCAGCUGACUCAUUUGAGUCUCCUUUGACACUUGCGGCAUGUGGUGGUCACGUGGAGUUGGCAGCCUUACUUAUUGAGCGUGGUGCUAACCUUGAAGAGGUAAAUGAUGAAGGCUACACACCACUCAUGGAAGCAGCAAGGGAAGGACAUGAAGAAAUGGUGGCGUUAUUGCUAGGCCAAGGGGCAAACAUCAAUGCUCAGACUGAGGAGACACAAGAAACUGCCCUCACCUUGGCCUGCUGUGGAGGUUUCCUGGAGGUAGCAGAUUUCCUCAUUAAGGCUGGCGCAGACAUUGAACUAGGAUGCUCUACACCCCUUAUGGAAGCUGCUCAAGAAGGACAUUUAGAGUUGGUCAAAUAUCUGCUAGCUGCUGGAGCUAAUGUCCAUGCGACUACAGCAACUGGCGACACAGCUCUUACAUAUGCUUGUGAAAAUGGGCAUACUGAUGUGGCAGAUGUGUUACUUCAGGCUGGUGCUGACUUGGAACAUGAAUCUGAGGGUGGAAGGACUCCUUUAAUGAAAGCUGCAAGAGCGGGUCAUGUUUGCACUGUUCAGUUUCUCAUUAGCAAAGGUGCAAAUGUUAACCGGACAACACUGAACAAUGAUCAUACAGUGCUCUCUCUUGCCUGUGCUGGAGGGCAUUUGGCUGUAGUUGAGUUACUUCUAGCGCAUGGGGCAGAUCCCACACAUAGAUUAAAGGAUGGUUCGACAAUGCUUAUUGAAGCUGCCAAAGGUGGUCACACAAGUGUUGUUUGCUACCUGUUGGACUAUCCCAAUAAUCUUCUCUCAGCUCCUCCACCUGAUGUUACACAGUUCACACCUCCUUCCCAUGACCUGAACCGGGCGCCUCGUGUACCAAUGCAGGCACUGCCAAUGGUCGUCCCACCCCAGGAACCAGACAAACCCCCUGCUAAUGUUGCUACAAACCUUCCCAUCAGAAAUAAAGCUGCUUCUAAACCGAAGUCCAGUGGUCAAGUCCCAGAAAACGGCCAGGAUGCCCAGGGAUUCAUCAGCAGCCAGUCUCCAGAAAGCAUUGUAGAAGAAGCUCAGGGGAAGUUAACAGAGCUUGAACAGCGAAUCAAAGAAGCUAUUGAAAAGAAUGCCCAGUUACAAUCCCUAGAGUUGGCACAUGCUGAUCAGCUAACCAAGGAGAAGAUUGAGGAGCUAAAUAAAACUAGGGAAGAACAGAUCCAGAAAAAGCAAAAGAUUUUGGAGGAGCUACAAAAAGUUGAGCGGGAGCUACAACUAAAAACACAACAGCAGUUAAAAAAACAGUACCUCGAAGUGAAAGCUCAGAGAAUCCAGCUCCAGCAGCAACAGCAGCAGUCUUGCCAGCAUCUGGGUUUGUUAACUCCUGUUGGUGUUGGGGAAGAGCUCACAGAGGUAGAUUAUGCCCAUUUACAGCAGGUUGAUACUAUCUUGCUCAAAGAUGACUCACAGCAGACUUCAGUACAAAUGGGUUUUAAUAUCAUGCAGCCAUUGGCAGUGCCUCAAGUUCUUCCACUGGCAGCAGGCACCUUAUCCCCUAGUUCAAUUGCAAGCCUUGCAGACCUUCAAGGAGUUAUAGUGGGACAACAAGAACUAGAUCAAGCACAGUUAACAGGACUUGCACACGGUGUCUUGACAGAAACCCAAGAAGGGUUAAUGGUAGCCAGUCCUGCUCAGACGCUUACUGAUACACUGGAUGACAUCAUGGCAGCAGUGAGUGGAAGAACAUCUGCUAUCUCAAACACUCCUACUCACAGCAUUGCGACUUCCAUAUCCCAACCUCAGACACCAACGCCAAGCCCCAUCGUAUCUCCUUCAGCCAUGCUACCAAUCUAUCCUUCCAUAGAUAUUGAUGCACAGACUGAAAGUAAUCACGAUACCGCUCUAACGCUUGCCUGUGCUGGAGGGCAUGAAGAACUUGUACAGACGCUUUUGGAAAGAGGAGCCAAUAUUGAACACAGAGACAAGAAGGGUUUCACGCCACUUAUUCUGGCAGCAACUGCUGGUCAUGUUGGUGUGGUAGAAAUUUUGCUGGAUAAUGGUGCUGACAUUGAGGCGCAAUCUGAGAGGACCAAAGACACUCCAUUAUCUCUAGCCUGCUCCGGAGGACGACAAGAGGUUGUGGAGUUGCUGUUGGCCAGAGGAGCAAAUAAAGAACAUAGAAAUGUUUCAGAUUACACUCCUCUAAGCUUAGCUGCAUCUGGGGGCUAUGUCAAUAUUAUUAAAAUAUUGCUAAAUGCAGGAGCAGAGAUCAAUUCCAGAACUGGUAGCAAGUUGGGAAUCUCACCAUUGAUGUUGGCAGCGAUGAAUGGUCAUACAGCUGCUGUUAAGCUGCUUCUUGAUAUGGGCUCAGAUAUAAAUGCUCAGAUAGAGACCAACCGAAAUACUGCACUUACGCUAGCUUGUUUCCAGGGAAGAACCGAAGUAGUUAGUCUGCUUCUUGAUAGGAAAGCUAAUGUGGAACACCGAGCUAAGACUGGGCUAACUCCAUUAAUGGAAGCUGCUUCUGGUGGGUAUGCAGAAGUAGGAAGAGUUCUGCUUGAUAAAGGUGCAGAUGUCAAUGCUCCUCCAGUGCCUUCCUCCAGAGAUACAGCUUUGACCAUUGCAGCAGACAAAGGUCACUACAAGUUCUGUGAGCUGCUUAUCAGCAGAGGAGCUCAUAUUGAUGUGCGGAACAAGAAAGGAAACACACCUCUUUGGCUUGCAGCAAACGGAGGUCACCUUGAUGUUGUCCAGCUUCUUGUCCAGGCUGGUGCAGAUGUAGAUGCUGCUGACAACAGAAAGAUAACUCCUCUCAUGGCUGCAUUUAGAAAGGGUCAUGUUAAGGUGGUUCGGUAUUUGGUGAAAGAAGUAAAUCAGUUCCCAUCUGACUCAGAGUGUAUGAGAUACAUUGCAACCAUCACUGACAAGGAGAUGUUGAAGAAGUGUCACCUUUGUAUGGAAUCAAUUGUUCAAGCCAAAGAUAGGCAAGCUGCUGAAGCAAACAAAAAUGCAAGUAUCCUCCUGGAGGAGCUGGAUUUGGAAAAGUUAAGGGAAGAGAGUAGGCGGCUUGCUUUGGCUGCAAAGCGAGAAAAGAGAAAGGAGAAACGUAGAAAGAAAAAGGAGGAGCAGAGACGAAAACUGGAAGAAAUUGAGGCAAAAAACAAAGAGAAUUUUGAAAUUCAAGCUGCCCUUGAGAAAGAAAAACUAAAAGCUGAAGAUGAGCAUCACGUUUUAACAGAGCCUCCUAGUGCAACCACAACCACCACUAUUGGCAUAUCCGCUGCUACCUGGACCACACUGGCAGGUUCCCAUGGAAAAAGAAACAAUACAAUUACCACAAGUAGUACUAAAAGGAAAAGCAGAAAAAAUAAAAUUGUUUCUGAAAAUGUCCAAAUAAUAUUUGAAGACCAUCUCAAUAUUGCAUAUGUGCAGCAGGAAAAGCUCAAUGGGGAUUCAAAAAGCAGCAGCACUAGUGAAAGUGGGGACAGUGACAACAUGAGGAUCUCUAGCUGCAGUGACGAGAGCAGCAAUAGCAGUAAUAAAAGUGACAAUCAUUCUUCCAAUGACUUCAGCUUGCCCAGCAAGAAAAAACCUACUGUGUUUGUGACAUCUCCUAAGGAAGAGAGAAAAAUAAUAUCCUCUAAACCUCCAUUAAAGUUAACAGACACAAUUAAUGAUGUCACUUGUAACACUUUGGCUACAAGUACAAAGUCUGGGCCCUCUCCUCUUUCAUCUCCAAAUGGAAAAUUAACUGUAGCUAGUCCUAAAAGAGGACCGAAGAGAGAGGAAGGAUGGAAAGAAGUGGUUAGAAGAUCAAAGAAAGUGUCUGUACCCUCAACAGUCAUUUCACGAGUGAUUGGAAGAGGCGGCUGCAACAUCAAUGCUAUCAGAGAGUUUACAGGAGCACAUAUAGACAUUGACAAGCAAAAGGAUAAAACUGGUGAUCGUAUAAUAACAAUAAGAGGUGGAACAGAAUCUACAAGGCAGGCAACACAUCUAAUUAAUGCACUUAUUAAGGACCCUGAUAAAGAGAUUGAUGAACUUAUUCCAAAGAGCCGUUUAAAAAAUUCCUCAGCAAUUUCAAAAGCAUCUUCAAUGUUGUCCACCAUUUCCUCUGUCAACAAUUCAGUUAUUGGAAUCAAAGUCACUGCUGUUUCAGCCUCAAACGCAUCACAAGUUGCCUCUGCUCUAACUGUGCCAGCUAUUACUUCAGCCUCUGCUCACAAACCUUUGAAAAAUUCAGUGAAUAAUGUUCGACCCGGUUUUCCUGUAUCUCUUCCUUUGGCUUAUCCUCCUCCACAGUUUGCACAUGCUUUACUUGCUGCACAGACUUUUCAACAGAUCCGUCCUCCCCGGUUACCCAUGACACACUUUGGAGGUACUUUUCCACCAGCUCAGUCUACCUGGGGUCCCUUUCCUGUCAGGCCACUAAGUCCUGCAAGAGCUACCAACUCCCCCAAAACUCAUGUGAUGUCUCGCCAUAAUCAGAAUAUAAGUAGCUCUCAAGUCAUCACAGGAAGUCCUCCUUCUGCUAGCCCAACAACUACACAUUCUCCGGCUACAAGUGUGCCUAUCUCAAGUGGAAACCUCAAUUCACCUUCAGUCAGAAGACAACUUUUUGUAACAGUGGUUAAAACCUCUAAUGCCACUACAUCAACAGUUACCACCACAGCAAGCAACCAUGUCACUACACCAACAUCCUCUACCUGCCCUGUCCCCACUGCCAAAGAACACCGUUCUCCAUCAUUACCUUCAUCUCCUUCCCCACCGUCUCUUAACGGUUGUGGAACAAGAAGUAGCCCCUCUGACUGCCUUGCAUCUCCGAUUAAAGGGACUUCACUGUCCUCUGAACAGGAUUUAGGCAGCCAGUCUGUCCUGGAAACAACAAGCUCGUGCAAGCAAGUGAACUCUACCUCUGGGAGUACCUCAAUGCAUUCAGCACAUCAGCCUUCCCCAGGAUCUGUUUCCCAAGAAUCCCGACCUUCUAUAAUAAACACACAAGCCCCUCCUUCUCCAGAUUCAAGGGCUAACCAAACCCUAAACUUAGCAGUCAGUGGUUCCUCUCACCAGUCUGCUCCUUCACUUAUUUCUGUAUCCUAUUCCCUAUCACAGCCAUCUAUUGUGUCUACACAGUCAGCUGCUAAAAUAGAAACCUCUGUAGUAAGACCUCAGUCUCAUGGGACAAACCAUGUUACCAGGAAUCAAGGUCCCAUGCAAAAUUCCCCUGUGUCAGGCAACAUUGCACAUACAAAUAUUAAACGGCCCCAGAGUGUACCAUCAAACAGUCCACUUCCUUCCAGUUUAAGUACACAAAGUGGUCCUCAAAAUUCCAGUCAUCCUCCAAACAAACACAUGGUUCCCAAUUUCAGCUCUUCACUACCAUUUGGUCCUUUUAGCACUUUAUUUGAAAACAAUGCACCCCCAAAUCAUCACUUUUGGGGUGGCUCCAUGGUUUCAUCUCAGUCUACUCCAGAUUCCAUGAUGUCCACACAGUCUUCAUAUUUGCCAAAUCCAGAGUCUGUGCUUCCAUCUGAUACUUCCAAAGCCCCAGGUUUCAGACCACCAAUGCAAAGGCCAGCCAUAAAUCAAUCAGAAUCAGUCCAGGCUGUAUCCACUGGUGGUAGAGCACAGUCUCCUUCCCCUUCGGGAGUUCCGAUGGUGUCUGAAAAAACUACAGUGCCUCAGGACAGAAAAGUUCCUGUCCCAAUAGGAACAGAGCGUUCUGCGCGUAUACGACAGACCGGAACCUCUGCACCAACUGUUAUUGGGAGCAAUUUAGCUGCUUCUGUGGGUCACAGUGGGAUCUGGUCUUUUGAAGGGAUGGGAGGUAAUCAAGAUAAACUAUCAGACUGGUGCCAUACAAGCAUAAACAAUCACAUCAUGCAUAGGCCUAUGUCUGACCCAGGAGUGUUUUCUCAACAUCAAGCAAUUGAGCGUGAGAGUUCUGGAAUUGUGCCUGCUUCAGGAACAUUCCAUCCACAUGUACCAGCUGGCUAUAUGGACUUUCAAAAAGUUGGGGGCAUGCCUUUUUCAGUGUAUGGAAAUGCAAUGAUUCCUCCUGUAGCUCCAAUGCCAGAUGGUAGUGGAGGACCUAUUUUCAAUGGACCCCAUGCUGCUGAUCCAUCUUGGAAUUCACUAAUAAAGAUGGUUUCAAACUCCACAGAGAAUGGACCUCAAACAGUGUGGACAGGAACAUGGACUCCUCACAUGAAUAGUGUGCAUAUGAACCAGAUGGGUUGAAUUGGAUACCUCCCUCAAGAUGGAAAACCAUAUGCAAGAAGCGGAAAAAUAUUAAAAUAAUAAAAUGUCAUCCAAUGGGCUGAAAGAGAAGACUCCCAGAUCAUUCUCCUGAUGUGCUUGACUGAAGUGUGUAGGCUUUUUGCAGAAGAACUUACUAACUGACCUUUUUCUGUGACAGUUGUGACCACCCAGUUCGCACCAAUCUCACUAUAAUUUGCAUUUCCAUUUUUAUUUAAAAAAAAAAAAAUUUUGUUCUUUCUUUUUUUUAUGGACAUUACUUUUUUUCUUUCUUUGAAGCUGUUUGGCUGGUUGGUUUUAGUACUGUAAACUGCUUCUGAGCAAACACAGACAAAAUUAGCAAAAUUAUGUAACUGAUUCAGAAGUUUUAGAAUGGCAAAUAAAUGUACAAUUGUUUACAUAACAGAAAUGACUAAGCAGAGAAUUCCGUAUGUCAGUAUAGAUGCUCUACAUUAUGUAGACUUAAGUUAAUGUGAGAUGUACCUUCAUAUACAGAGAUCUGGAUGUUUCCUUCAUACAUUAAACUAUUAAUAAGCAUAA